GGAAGUUAAUGUGACAGGUUGUUGAAUAUUGAUCAAAACAUGGAUGUUUUGUUGAAGAUAACUACGAAAAUGGACAGUGUUUGGUACAAAUAUGAUUAAUAAAAAGCUCAAUCUAUGAGCAAUAUGAUGUCAACAAACAAGAUUGAGAUCCAUUGAUAAACAACAAUGUUGAUAAAAUUCAGGAUUUCAAAAUUAUUCCGAAUUAUCUCCCUUGUGGUAAUUCUCCUCCUACAUGAGGCCCUGUCUGGAACAGUUAUAAGGCUACCCUUAAAGGAGGCUUCAUCUCGUCUCCAUCACCAGCGGAGUAGACGUAGUGUACCAUACCAUGAGAAGGGUAACCUUGGAGGGAAGCCGGGACAGGGAUAUUAUGUAGAGGUUCUCAUAGGCAGUCCACCACAAAAGCUGAAUGUGCUGAUUGACACUGGUAGUAGUAAUUUUGCUGUGGCUGCCGGUCCAAAUCCUGAUAUCACAUCAUGGUUCCACAGGAAUGAGUCGAGUACCUACCAGGAUGUAGGUACAGAGGUAUAUGUACCAUACACACAGGGUAACUGGCGAGGUAUCCUAGCUACUGAACACGUAGCUCUGUCAUCAAUGCCAAACUCCUCUGUAAGGGCCCACAUUGCAUUUAUCCUUCAUUCAAGUGACUUCUUCAUCAACGGCUCCAACUGGCAGGGUAUACUUGGCAUGGGCUACGCUGCUAUCGCACAGCCUGAUAGUAGUGUGGUGCCAUUCUUCGACUCACUUGUAAAGGAAGCUCAUGUAGAAAACCUGUUCUCGAUGCAGCUGUGUGGGACGGUGUACGGAUUCACAAACAACAGUGGAACAGAUAUGGGUGGCAGUUUGAUAUUAGGGGGAGUGGAUGCCUCGCUGUACAAUGGGAAGAUGAUGUACACCCCAAUACACAAGGAGUGGUAUUACGAGGUCAUCAUUCUCGAUAUAAUGGUAGAUGGUGCUAGUCUCCAAAUGGACUGUAAGGAGUAUAAUUUUGGUAAGACUAUUGUGGACAGUGGGACGACUAAUCUACGACUCCCCAUCAAGGUUUUUAACACACUAGUCGCUAAAAUACAGCAGCAUUUACUGAUAUCGGGGACACAACCAGGAAAAAACUUCUGGGCGGGCGUCGACCAUAUAUGUUGGGAUGAGGGAACAAUUCCAUACGACGACUUUCCAACCAUCACCAUCUCAUUCCCUCAAACCAAAAACUCAUCUUUUAAUCUCAUCAUAUCUCCACAGCAAUACAUUCGACCAGUGGGUGAAGACAAUGAUGAUGACCCUGGGGUAGAUUGCUUUAAAUUUGCAGUUGCUUCAUCUACAUCUGGUACUGUGCUGGGCGCUGUUGUGAUGGAGGGAUUCUACGUAGUGUUUGACCGAGCCCACAAAAGAAUAGGGUUUGGUAAAUCUACCUGUCCUGCUCGGGAUAACAAGGCUGUUAAGUCAUCCAUCAAGGGACCUCACACAUAUACAGGUAAUGCUACAGACUGUGCCUACUUUAAGCCUGUUGCCCAGGAGACGACCCUCACCGUCGUAGCCUACGUAAUGGCAGCCAUCUGUUGUGUGUGUCUCAUUCCUCUCAUCGUCAUGGUGAUCCACUGGAACUGUCGGCGCUAUUUUAAUUGUCACAAGCUCCGACGUCAAAACUCGGACUCUAACGACUUAGUAGGGGAUAGCAGCUAACAAAAGUUAGACAGUAUUAUAGUGACUGUUGAUAUCGAUGAUUCUAACACCAGCUGUGUGACUAUGACUGUUGAUAUCGAUGAUACUAACACUAGCUGUGUGACUAUUUACCACUAGAUACUGACAGGGGACAUAAGCUAACUAAACUAACAAAAACUAAACAGUAUUAUUGUGACUGUUGAUAUAGAUGAUUCUAAGUCUGGCUCUGUGAUUUUGUCCCUCUAGAUACUGAUGCUAUUGUGUUCAAACUUGUGGUGACAGCUCUAUGUUUCCUUUUGUUCUGGUUAUAUGGGACAAAAUCACACUACAGAAACAGUAUUACAAGUUCGCACUACAGAAACAGUAUUACAAGUUAUCAUUCUGCAUUUGACAUGUUGAAUGAUUUCAGUGUAAGAUAUUGUCCCCCCACUACCAAGAUCAUGGAUAUUUGUUUUAUCCCCCCACCCUUACAAACAUCAUGGAUAUUGAAGAUAUUUGUUUGUUUCACCCCCCACUACCAACAUCAUGGAUAUGAAGAUAUGACCAGUCUGUGCCUCCCUCAUCCUACACGAGUACAAAUGAACUGAUUCAGUACACCUUUUACGUUUGAUUAGCUGAUCAGAAUAUACUGUUGGCUCGGGAGUGAAUACAAACAAUAUUGCAAUGUCCUAUCACUCAGAUAUUUUGUACUUACAAUAGGUAAGUAUUGAAUAAAAAUAUACCAAAAGUUUGAAAGCAUAGACUAUUUGCAUUUAGGAUUUUAAAAUGUCAUGAUACUAGUAUCAUUUUUCAUCGUAAGAAAUGUAUAAUAGUAGAAUUGCUUUAAAAGUUGAGAAAUUAUUUAAUUUUAAAAUUUGAUUGAAGAGUAAGUAUUUUAAUGUCAUCUACUGAUUUGUAAUGAUAUCUAUACCCUUUACAUUGCCUUCUAUGGUAAGAACAUCCGUGUAAUCCUCCAUAAUCACAUACUGCUGGACUGUGCAAUAUAAAAAUAUAUGCAUCUGCUUUCUAAUUCAAAAUAGCUUCAAACUUAAAAAAGCUAGGGAUUUCCUAGGUGUUUUAUGAAGCUUUUUGAUGGUAAAUUUUAAACUCUUUUAUCUUGUGACUGUGCUAUCUAUUUCAUCACUGACAGACAGCCCUGUAUUUCGUCACUGACAGACAACCCUGUAUUUCAUCACUGACAGACAACCCUGUAUUUACAUGUGUCCAUACAUCUCUCCUCUCUAACCAUGCAUCCUGAUCAGUCCUCAUCUGCUGUCAAGCUAAUGAUUACAGAGAGACAAGGGAAGUAACUCUGAUAGAUCAGAAUGCCCUCUGACAAUGGGGCUUUGCUCCUGUUAGCCCUCAUCAAUGUCAAAUACCGUUCAGGCAUGUUUAACGUGAAAUACUUCCAUAGCAAAUCGUUUAUUUGUAGAUAACUACAGUAUUAUAAAAAACAUUGUGAUAAUAUACAGAUUAACCUUGGUUGUGUCAGGAUCAGGUGGGUUAUUUAUUUAUUUAUUUUUUUUCGUUUCAAAAUAAUUUUCUUAACCAUUAGGAUUUGAUAUGAAUUAGGAAACAGGCUAUACCAAUACAAGCCCUCUUCCUUUGAUAAGUUUUGUGUUGUACUAUGAAAAUUUAAUCAGAGAACGCGAGGUUGAUAAUUUGUUACAAAUCCUGGGACCUCUAACAAAACUAACCAAGAUUUCUCAGAAAUGGCAUAUUUAAAAACACAGUCUACAAUAUUUUCCUGUGUGUUAUAUUUUCACUGUUUUUAAAGAAAAUAUGAAAAAAAUAAUAAUUUUAAAAUCAAAUAGAGGAAGGUAAAUCCUGUUUCAUAAUUUUUCCAAAAAAAAGCAUCGUUUUUUUGCUGUUAACAUAUCGUUCAACCAUGAAAUUUUAACAAAAAACAUUUUUAGAGUAAUAAAAAAAAUUACAAAGUGAAUAUUUUAUUUUUUUUACAUGGGAAGUUAUGUGUACUAACGACAUACUUAAUGUAUUAACGACAAUCUUAUUUUACAGCUGAUGGUGCUGAAAGCUUAAUUAUUGUUACACUUUCUGUAUGAUGAUCUUAGUACUGUGGUUAUGUCAAUGAUACCAGCACACAAUAAAUAUUUGACUACUAAAACAGUAACAGAGAAUUUAGAAAUACUUUUACAGUGAGAUAAAAUGAUAUUAAAUUUACUCGUGUUUUAAUAAAGAUUCCCGAAGUUUUUAAAAGAGAAAUAUUCCGGAUUUAUUUCCUAAAUUUUAUAUGAAAUGGAAACUCAUGUAUGAAUUUUAUUUAUCACAUAAAUGGCCUGUUCUGCCUUGUUAUAAGGCCAUGUCGUGAGACAAAUUUGUUAUAACACCAAUCUAAUUAAAAUAAGAUUGUUAUUUUCAAACAGCAAGUACAAGUCUAAUUUUAGUUAGAUUGUGAUAACACUAUUUUGACCUCAUAAUAAAUAUAUGUGAUGUCAUAAUAAAUAUGUUAUGUCAUAAUAAAUAUGUUAUGAAAAUUUUAAUUUUUUUUGCUUAUAUUCUCAUAAAUAGUAGUAAUGUGAUAACUACAAUCUUACAUGAGAGGCUAUGUCAUAUGAAAUUCAUAAUCUCUUUCAGUAAAUUGAUAUGUCACUGGCCUAUAUUCUCCUGGUAUACCAAAUUAUUGAACGAGUUUAAUAAAUUCCAUAUGACAUAGCCUCUCACGUAAGAUCCUCUAUAAAGUAUACUCUCACGUAAGAUCCUCUAUAAAGUAUAAGGUUGUUAUCUAUGUGCAGGUUGUUAGUGCUUUUCUAGUAAAAUAUGUUCAUCCCAUGAGAGGACUCCAGAUUAAAAGACAUUUGAUAAAUGGCAGGUUUUGGGGAGUAUGUGACCUGUGAAUGGUAUUCUCAAAUAAAUCACUUAGGCAAAAACCAAUUCUAUUUAUUGUUGGUCGGAUUUACUGUUUUAGAAAAUUGAAGUUAAAAUAAAAU